GACUCACAUUUAUAUAUCAUCUGAGAGAAAAAAAGUAUAACUGUUGUAGAGAACAUAUGUUCUUUAAUUAUCUUAAUAAUUAUCCGCACGUGCUGAUUAGCGGGAGAUCUUAACUUGAUGAGGGAUUAGCUUGCUUCAGUUCCCUUCCCCGAACAUCGCUAACCAAUAUCACCAGACAACCCAACAGAUACUGACAGUUUGAAAACUAACAACUGUGGAAUCUUUAGUGCAGUGAAAUUCAUAAACCACGUGAUUUUAUAUUCCGUUUCUAAAGAUAUUUACAUUUCUUAUCAAAAUAUUCUAUUUUCAUGUUGAAGAUUUGUUAUCUAGUAGAGUAUGAGUGAUGAGGCUGGGGUAAUCCUAGACAGUCGUCAUCACUUUCGGCCGAGCGCUCGGCUCAACACGGAAAAUGCAUUGGGAGACAACAACACAACAUUAGGAAUGUAGUCGUGUGACUUUUAACUUUUCUAUUCAACCAGCGGACCAAUUUUUUAUAUAUUAUGUAUCGUAGCCGAUUAAACUUUCCAAGGGAUACUUUAAAGAAAACUCCUUCAUUCGAUAGAGGAUACGGAAGUCUAAGUAGCAGUCGCAGUCACGGAUCGCUUUACGAUAACGUAGGAACGAGUUAUGCUUCAAAAUACGGCGGAACAGGAAAAACUAAUAGUUAUCUAACACCCUCAUACGGAUCCCCUCCUAAAUCAUAUACACCAAGUUCCAGAGAUAAAUCAUACAGUCAAGGUCAAAGAGACAAAGCCUAUACUCCAACUAACAGAUACUCAGGAUAUAGCGUCGGAAGCAUUGGUGUGAGGGACCGAAUUCAAAAAUUUGCCGGAGGCGAAAGCCGAGGGAACAAAGAAAUGUAUACACCUUUACAUAGUGUAAGAGGAACAUCCCAAUCAAGAGACGGCCCAGGUUGGGACAAAUAUUCAACAAGAACUACGAGUUCAGACCCUUAUGCUAAUCGAUCCGGUUAUUUAUCAGACUACGGUGGAAGCAAUCGUUCUUUAGCAUCUUACGACAGAGGAUCUUCCCGUUCAGGUCGCAGCUACGGAGGGCCUCCAAGUAGGGAGAGUUCUCCGAUAAGCAGUAGAUCAUCACGUUACGGAGACUACACCAGUGCAUCACCAUAUUCUACAUACGAAAGCUCACCGUCAGUAUCGCGUCGAUACGACCGGCAACAAUCUGUCGAUUAUUCCCCAAGGCGGGAACCAGAUGAAUCUCAUAGAAGAAGAGAUUCUGUAAAUGAAUAUAUAAAGCCUCCUCCCUCGAAACGAAGGGAGAAAAUAACUUCGGACGAAACUGAUACUGACGAUAGCGCACCCGAGGCUGAAAAAGACGGCUCGAAAGGCCGAUUUAAGAUAUCCCGAGGUACCUCUCCUAUGCAUGAAGGCGAAACUCCUAGGAGAGAACAGAAAAAAAAUAAAAUAAGAGAUAGAAAAGCUAUUGCUAGAACAAAAAGAAUACGAAAUACAACAAGAGAAAUAAGACGAGAAAAUAUUUACAAAGAAUUCAAAGAAAUGGCCGAUGCAGCGGUACAAACAAACGACGUAGCACCAAGGAGACGAGGUCGACGCCAGGUCAGCGAAAGCGAUGAAAUCAGAGAUAAAGCAGCUCUUGCAGCCAUGGCUAUGGAGGAAGAAUCAGGUGGGGCAAAUGGUCCGAAUGAUUCUUUUUAUAAAACUCGUGAUAAAUUUAACGAUCCUUCCGUUCCUGCCUCUCCUAGUUAUACCUCAUCUGAACCAAAUACAAAACGAUUCUCUCACAGAGACAAAAAUGAAUCCUUGCAUGACGUUCCUGGAGAAAAGUCUUGGAGACAAUCUGUUUAUGGUGAUGAAGCAGAAGAAAAACGAGGUAGACCAAAUCCGCGCACAAGUACACCAAUGUCUGCAACAGAAAAACGAUCAAGCAGAAACUCACAGAUAUCUGAUCGCGAGUCGAGACCAGAUUACAAUAGAUCUUCAUCCAGAGAAAGCAUUUUGGAUGAUAACCAAAGUAGGCGCAGGCGCACGAACAGCAGAGAAAUAUUGGAUGUAGUUGGAGUUCAUGACGAACAACCUCCGCCAUUACCUCCAAGACGCUUACGAAGUAGGGAAAUGCUUGAUGCGCCCGAAUCUGAAGCACCUCUUACACCAGAAACAAUAUCAUUGAGAGACAGUAUUGCUAAAGUUCACGAGUGGAAACAACAGCUUCCAGAACCCGAUUCUUAUUAUGGUGACCGUCUAACAGCUAAACCAUUGAAAGGAAGACGGUUAGACGGAAAGGCUCCAAGCGACCAUUCUGAAGAGUACUUUUCUGCACACGAUUAUCCUCCGCCUCCGCCUCAGAAAACAAGCAGAGAUGUUUCACCGGAUAGAGGGCGUACCGGCCGUGAGCAGCGUCAAUCUGGAGGUUAUUACCGAACUGAUUCUCGUGCAGAUUCCGUGCGAUCAACAAGAGAGAAUUCACCAUCUUAUUCACGCGAUACGUCGCCAAAUAGAUUAAGGUCACGUCAAAGACGAAAUCUUAGUCGAGAACACUCAAUCGAUAAUGUUUUUGAUGAUGAUAAAGAUCCAAGACUUCCGAACAAAGAUUUCCGUAAAUCUGCGCUCAACAAAUCUGAAUCUAAUUAUUUCGAAAAAGGCGAUCCGGACGGUGUACGGUAUCGUCAUCAAGAUGGCGUACUAAUAAAGGGUAAUCGAAAAUCAGGAAGUUCUUCCGAUGCAUUUUCUAGAGACGAUUCUCCAAACAGAGCAAGGAGGAUGAGAAGGGAAGGGUCCAGAGAAGAUAUGAUUGACGACAGACGUCCGGGUCAUACCAGUGAUAGCUCAAAUUUCGGUUUUAAUAGAGAAGGUUCGCCGAACAGGAAUCAAGGCAGACGUGUUCGAAGCAGACAAAAUUCCCGAGAAGACAUGCUGGACGACAGGAAACACUCAAGGCCUAGUUCUAGAGAAGGUAUGAUAGAUGAUCGUAGGUCAAAUAUGUCAAGUAGAUCGAAUAGUCGCCAUAACUCUCGCGAAGACGUAUUAGAUGAUAGGGGCAAACGAUUUUCUGCUAGAGAUAGACCUCAUAGUCUUGCAGUAUCAAACGAAAGUCUCGCACACUUAAGUAAUGAAGGAUCCCUUCGUUCUAUAAAUUCAGUCGUAACCGAUGACGGCACUGUUAAAAAAUCACCAUCGUCUGCAUAUUCCAACGAAAAUCAGGCACUCCCGGACAUUGUGAAUGGCGGGAAACUGUCUCCCAGAAAAGACAAAAGUGGUUACAUAAACCAAAAGCAAGACAUAGAUCACGUGUUAGAUGAAGUUCAUGGAGCACCUUCCGAUUUAUCCCGUCGUAUCGGAAAUCGUGGACCAAGGCCAUCGUCUGCUGAUGGAUAUUAUAUGGAUAGUAAGAAUAUUGAUGAAGUUUUGAAUAGGAGGUCACAAAAUCUGAUGGAUACACCUGUACCUAAAAUCCCAACCCCCUUAAAGCCAUCUCCUAAAGUCCUAGAAGAGAAGUUGAUUGAUAUUGAUUCACCAAUCACCCCCAAGAAGGCUGCCAUCACUAAUGCUCCACCAAACAGGGGUCCAGAUGCCAGGAUGAGAAGAACAAUUUCCGAGACUGGACAGCAGAUGUGGGAUACGUUAAAGAAGAAUAAGGGAUCAGUUACAAUAACAGAUAUCUUACGACUGUGUGAGAAACCAACUUCAAAAGUCAUACGUGUACCAGGGGUAACAGAAGGUUUCAGCGAUGUCAACUUUAAAGGUUUCCCAAACGCCAAUGAGAUGUUGGAGAACAGUGGAGUCGAUGUUAAAAAGCUUGAAGACUGUGCAUUACAAAUUUACCGCUAUCACAAUGGAACUCAGGGAGAUUACGGAACUUAUUUAGAUCUUGAAACUAAUUUAGAUGAACAAGGAGAAGAGUUAGAAGGAUUUCAAGACCACAAAAAACAAAGUGAAGAAAGAAGGAAGAAUGCUUUGAUUUUAAGAACACAGCUGACAGUAAGAGUACAUGCAGUUAUAGAAAAACUUCUGAAUUCACAUGGAAGAGAACUUAGAAGAGCUUUAUUUUCACUCAAGCAGAUAUUUCAGGAUGAUAAAGAUUUGGUUCAUGAGUUUGUUAACAAUGAUGGAUUGGAUUGUCUUAUCAAAGUUGGAUCUGAGGCUGACCAGAAUUAUCAGAACUAUAUACUUCGUGCCUUGGGUCAAGUAAUGCUGUAUGUAGAUGGUAUGAAUGGAGUUAUCAACCAUAAUGAGACCAUCCAAUGGCUGUAUUCACUAUUAUCCUCAAAGUUUCGUUUGGUAGUGAAGACAUCACUGAAGUUAUUACUGGUAUUUGUUGAGUACACAGAGACGAACACGAUGUUACUUCUCCAAGCCAUUAAUUCUGUAGAUAAACGUAGAGGUUUGAGUCCUUGGACAAAUAUUAUGAGUAUUUUAGAUGAGAAAGAUGGAGGUGACACAGAACUCCUUAUAUACUCCAUGACAUUAGUAAACAAGGUUUUGAGUGCAAUCCCAGAUCAGGACACAUUUUAUGAUGUAACAGAUGCUUUAGAAGAGUUAGAAAUGGAGCGUGUUACACAACGACAUAUUAUGAGGAACGGAGCAGACUUAGAUUUGAUUGGUCAGUUUCAGUUAUACGAAUCAGCACUUAAACAUGAAGAUCAAGUAGAAGAGGAGGAGGAGGUACAGGGAGAACAUCUCAGACGUACUCCAAGGACUAAGAGUGAUGCAGAUGGUGUUAGGAAGAGCAGACGUUAUUCUACAGGAAUUCAACAAAAGAAAUUACAGGGAAAAAAUAGAAGUGUUCCUUCAUUGUUGACAUUACAAGAUGAGAAGAAACCAGCAGCAGAACGCUAUGCUGAACUGAGAAAUCAAUCCAUACAGAAUGCCUCAUUGCCACCAGAAAACAUCCAGGAUCAAAUGCCUGACCCUAACAGAAAAAGACGGACAAGGUUAGAUGAGAUGAUUCAAGAUGUUGAGCCGCCAGACAAAGUGGCAGAAAUGCCUAAAAAUAUCCAAGUUAAUGGUACAGCAGAACUUAGUCCUAAGUCACAAAACAAUAUGACUAGAACACGCAGAGAUCGCAGAGAAAGACAGCGCUCAUUUCUUAAAGAUCAGGAGCACGAAAAUAUUCGUCAGCGAGUUGUCAAUAGAAAUGGAGAUAGGUCAUCUGUUGCCAGCAAUUCAUCAACAGACACAUGUAGUAGUGAUAAUAAUAUGCCUCCUGCGGUGGAUAUACCGCGGGAGACUGCAACAACUAACUAUUCACCACCUCUGGGUGAAAAUGAGAGACUGGGUGACGAUGGAAGACAGAAGUCUCAUGGAUACUCAAUAAAACAACAAAAUGACAUUGAAAUGCGUAAUAAUAAAUAUAAUGAAUCUCAGAACACUUUGGAACAAAAUAAUAACGAACUUAGUCCUAAUAGUAGUAAUAGUCGAUGGUUACAGUACAUGCAAAAAACAAAAGAGGAAGAAGACAAAGCGAAGGAACGAGAAUUAACAGAAAAAUUACAAUCACAACAACAUCCUGAUGUGGACGUCCUUAAAAAUCGUGGUGAGAGUGUGUCACAUCUUAAAGAUGCUUUAUCACAAAACAAUGGUGGAAUUCCUAUGAUGAAACCUCAAGAAAAUUAUGAUGACAAUAGAAUUCAGUCAAAUAUUGAUAGAUUUCAACAAAAACCGGAAAUUCAAAAUGGUAGAGAAAAGCAAGCACCGAAAGGUGACCUUAGUGGACUUAUAUCUAAAGCGAAAGAGGGACUUGUUGUAAAACCUAAUGAACCUCCUAAACCUAAACCAACUUCUCCGGAAAUUGUUCUAACAGAAAGUGAUUUACAAUGGGACAAACUUAAGAAAAGAUUACACCGGCCAUUAAAAAUAAAAGACUUGGAUUUUACCGAUUUAUGUGACGAUGAAGAUAUAGACGUUUUUGCUCCAGUGCCAUUCGCUGGAGGGCCUCCUGGCAUUGGUGGAAUACCUCCUCCUCCACCACCCUUUGGUAUAGGUGGUCCCCCUCCAGCUCCUCCUCCCCCAGGAAUGGGAAUUCCUCCACCCCCAUCACUACCAGGAGGAAUUCCCCCACCACCACCAAUGUUUGGUGGAACACCACAAAAUACAUUAAAUUUGCCACCUGCACCUGGGUCAACAUUAAAAAAGAAAAAGAAGACAUUAAAACUUCAUUGGAAAGAGGUCAAACCAGAACAGCCACACCCUGUAACUAAGGGAGAAACUGUAUGGAAAGACCUCAUUGAUGUUAAAGUAGACCCUGAUAAACUGGAACACUUGUUUGAGACUCGAAUGAGUGAAAUUAAACAAAAGAAAGCUGAAGCUGCUGGUAAGAAAGAAAUCAAUGUCCUUGACCCCAAAAGAUCAAAUGCCAUCAACAUUGGUUUAACAGUUCUACCUCCACCAAGGACCAUCAAAGCUGGAAUUUUAAAGAUGGAUAACUCCAUUAUGAACAAAGAGGGUAUUGAGAAAAUCUUAACAUCUAUGAUUCCAACUGAAGAAGAAAAGGGGAAGAUUUUAGAAGCUCAGAUGGCUAAUCCAGAUAUCCCACUUGGAACAGCCGAACAGUUUCUCCUCACAUUGUCAUCUAUUAGUGAACUACAGGCUCGACUGUCUCUCUGGUUAUUUAAGUUAGAUUAUGAAGUUAUUGAAUCAGAAGUAGCUGAACCAUUGUCUGACCUGAAGAAAGGAAUAGAUGAAUUACGGAACAAUAAAACAUUUAAAUGUAUUUUAUCAGUUGUAUUAACCAUUGGAAACUUUUUAAAUGGAGCCUCAGCGCGAGGCUUCAGUAUCGAUUAUUUAACCAAAAUACCUGAAGUUAAAGACACUGUACAUAAACAUUCAUUACUUCAUCAUUUGUGUAGCAUCAUCAACGAACAAUUCCCAGACACGACAGAUUUAUAUUCAGAUAUAGGAACAUUAGCUAGAUGUUCACGGGUUGAUUGGGAUGAACUUGCCAAUAAACUGAACAGAUUAGAAUUAGAUUGUAAAGCCUCAUGGGAUCAUUUACGUGCAAUUGCUAAACAUGAUGGAAGCUCAAGUUCUAGUAUAAAGUCCAAAUUAUCAGAAUUUUUAGCAGAUGCUGCAGAAAGAAUUAUGAUAUUAAAAAUUGUACAUAGAAGAGUUUGUCACAGGUACACAAAGUUAUUAUUGUACAUGGGAUUACCUACACAUACAGCCAAAGAUCUCAAAGUUAAUGCUUUCUGUAAGAUUGUCAGUGAAUUUUCUCUGGAGUAUCGUACAACAAGGGAGAAAGUUAUACAGCAGUUACAGAAACGAGCCAAUCAGAGAGAGCGAAAGAAAACAAGAGGAAAAAUGAUUGUAGAUACUGAUAGAUUCUCUAUGACAAAUCCAAAGGAAACACACAAAGAUGAUGAACUACAGAAAAUAUUAUCUAAUGGUUAUGUUAGUUGUGAUGAUAGAGGCUUCCCUGGUCAGAAACACAGAAGUAGACGACCAUUGGACUCAAUGAGUAAUAAAAGUUCUCGUAGCUGUGUAACAACAGAUUCUGAAAUGUAUGAUACGGGUGAUGAUGAUUUAUUAGAGGCAUGUGUUCGUACCGCAACGGCAGCACCAACCAGAAGUGCUCCGAGGGAGAGGAAACGUGCCAAAAAUCACAGAAAAUCCUUGAGAAGGACACUGAAGGGAGGAUUAACAGCUGAAGAGUGGGAAACUGUGGCUUCGUAUUCAGAUGCUGUCUAAGGAACAGAGAUCCAGAUCGUGGUGGAGGAAGAGAAUGAAGCUAGCUCUGUCUCAUUGCUGUCAUGGCAACCUGAUGCAAUAUGUACACAAAUGACUACAUCAGUCUUUCAGAUAACAAUUUCAAUGUCCCCAUAUAAUCAUUCAUAGUCCAUAAUCCCAUGACAUAUAAUGUCCGCUCAUUUACAUAUUCAUGAGAUUAGUCUUUUGCAACUGCUGAAAAAUUUAAGUUAUGAAAUGCAAUUUUGUUGCUCUAUGGUAGUUUUAGAUAUUAAAGUUUGGAGUACUCUUUAUUUAGGGGAACAUGUGAUAUUAAUAUUGUAAGGAUUAAAUUUAUACCUUUUAUUCCCUACAAAAUAUAAGCAAAAGAUAUUUUGAGCUGGGUAUAUAUUAAAAUAUGAGAAAUUUAAGAGGAAAUGAAAAGAAGAGAAAAAGAGAAAUUGAAAAAAAAACCAAAAUGUUUCAUUGGUGCCCAUGAUAAAUCCAAACAGGAUUUUCCUGAGUUCACCAAUAUGUCUAUGGCAAGAACAUAGAACGUUAUCUACUAGUUCUUACUUUCAAUUGACAAACUUCUAAUCAAAUUGAUAAAAGAAGAUCAUAUGUUUCAAGUUUCUUUAAGGCUGGCACUUAAAAACAGAAACUGACAUAUAUAACAAAGUCAAAUUAUUCUAAAAAUGUGUGUUGAUGUUGUAACUUAUAAAUUGAACAUAAUGAUUAUUAACUUAUACAAAAAAAAAAUAUUUAGUGCUUUAAUUAUAGAAUGUACAGUUGCUGUAAAAAAUGUUAAGAAUUUUUAAUGUUAUAUUUUAUGUGUUCUGUUUGUAUGUACUCUUUUAAUACAAAUUUGGUUAUAUCUACUAAGAGUUAGGUGUGGUAAACGGCCAAAUGUAUAAGCUUAAUGUUCUUGUGUGGUCUAAACUGAUGGUUUCAAUGAAAUAGUCUGUUGGAAUAGGCCAUUCAAUCAAUAGCCCUUAUGAUAACCAACUGGUAGUAUGGUGAGGUCACUUCUGAAAGUUUAAAUGAAGAAGAAGAUUUGUCUGAUUAGACCAUUUGAUCAAACCACAAACAUAUGUCUUCCUAAUAGAAAUCUGUGAUAGUUAAAUGUUUGUUUGUUGUUUAGUAUUUUAAACAAAUUAUUUUUAGUGAGAUGAGAUUUAGGAAUUCUGUUUUUAUAAUGUUAAUAUCAUUUUGAAAAAAAAGGUUCUAAAAAUGUUACAGAAUUAAUUUUAUUUUAAUUUAUCAAAAUUAAUUGAUGAUUUAGAAGAAAAAUAUUAGCAGAUGACAUUUUUUCGCUUAUUUAAAAGAACAAAAUAUAAUAAAAAUAUGAAUACAAAAUAUGAAUAUUAAUCCUUGAAAAAUUAGUUAUAGAUGUAACUAAUAAUUUAUACAUAUAAAGAAAUGAGAUAUACUGUGGAUGAAGCAGAUUUCUUUAUUUAAAGAAUGAAUUUGAAAAAAGUUGGGCCAAAAUAUAGUUUUUGGUUAAAAUAAAGUUUGGAGAUAAAAAAAUAAUUUUAGAAUUCAAUUAAAAGUUUAUAUCUUGCCAGAAAAUGCAUCACCACCAUGGGAUUGGGAAUUAAUUUGUUUAUGGUGAUUUUGCAAUAUAUUGUGGAGUUGGUGUUUAAAACUAAAUGUUUUAAUUUUUUACUUGUUAGUUGUUUUUUAUUUGUCUCAUUUCCAUUCUGCACUGUUUUGUUUUUUACAUGUACAUUUUUGAGAACUUUUAAUUUAUUUUUGUUUGUUUUACAUAGAAACAUGCUUUCAGUAUUACUCAUGGGAGAUAACUCAUUUUUAGCAGGGAGGUAACUCUUUGUUAGAAGGAAAAUAACUCUGACAAUCCAUGGUCAACAGGGUUUUACGUAGAAUGUGUUCAAAUGUGUAUAAGAUUGGAAUAUGCAGGUUAUCUAAAUUGAAUUAAACUUUUGAAAUAAUAAUCUUUGAGGAUAUAGAGGUGAUUAAUUAACAAAUUUAUACUACACAAUAAGUUAAUUAUAAAUGAGAUACAAUGUAUUAUAAUUUGAAUAAUAAGCAUAUAUUUCAUAGUCUUUCAGUUUGAUGUAUAAAUCAUCAUUCGUUUUUAAGGAGGUAAAUCCAGAUACAAUCUGUUUACAUGGCAUUUAUAGAGUUGUCUCCACUUUGUCAUUAAAACCUAGUCAAGCCACAAUCCAUGACAUUUGUACAUUUAACAUAUCAUUUCUGACGGAGUGUAACAGUGUGGCUCUAUUUGCUAAAAAUCCUGCCAUAUUUUUGUGAAUUACUUCAUUUUUUUAUAACAAUAUGGAAAAUAGAAUAAACUUUUCUAUAGAA